AUGACCCGACUGACGACAUGUCUGGAGGUUGUGGCUCUUGUCUCGUUGACGUUUGUUGCACGUGCCGACAGUCUGUUGCUCACGAGUGCUACGGACGAAGCAGAUGGACCCGUUGAGGAGAGCACCGGCUUGACGGCCGUCGAAGAGAGCCGCAUUUUUGGCGGCGAGGAAGCCGAGAUCAAGGACCACCCGUACGUUGCAAGUGUCCGGAUCGAUGGCGUGACUGUGUGUGCAGCGACGUUGAUCGCGCCCCAGUACCUCGUGACGACAGCUCAUUGUAUCAAGACGGACGAGGUAGACAUGACGGCGUCGUUUGACUCGGAGUAUAGUUUCGGAGAGGACGGCGAGAUCGUUCGGAUUGUCAAAGGGUUCAAGCACCCAAUGUACAACAGGAGGAAGCACCUGUACGACGUGGGUCUGUUCAAGCUCGAGACGGCCGUGACGCAGAAACCGGCGACGUUGCCUGCUGCUGAUGGAUCGGACGAACAAGUUGGCACUGUAGCGACGGUGCUCGGUUGGGGACAGACUGAAGAGAGCUCUGCUGUUUUCACCCUUCAACAAGUGGACAUUCCGAUUAUUUCGCUGGCAAAGUGCAAUCGAUUCGAGGCGUACACGGACCUCCUUACAAAAGAGAUGCUCUGUGCUGGCGAAGGCAAAGGCAAGAGCUCCUGCAGGGGUGAUGCGGGCGGACCGCUUGUUGUCGAUGACGUCCUUGUGGGGUUCGUGAGCUGGACAGGCGACAACUGCGGCAAGGAACCUGGUGUGUACACUCGCGUGUCGUCUGUCUUGGACUACAUCAACGACGUCGUGGCCAGUGGCGGUCGGGACAAGACAUCGAGCGUCGACAACAUGUCAAGGACGAAAGAAUUAGAGAUCACUGCGACGGCCAGUAGCAAGCACCCGAAGACGAUGAGUGCCAAGUCGAUUGAUGCGAUUGCGUCGGCUGCCGGGUCCCUAACUACUAGACGGACCCCUGGUGAGAAGGAGUUCACAUUUGCGUUUGACGGGUCAAGCUAG